UACUGCUUCGAGCAUUUCGACGAAGAAUAUAACCCAGAUGAAGGAGAGAGGCUGAUCUCUUCAAAUCUUGUUACUAAGUCGAUUGGAAUCGUUGAAGAUAUGGUCAACAUGCUCAUAGACUUCACAAAAAAUGAAGGAAAUGAACAGCCUGAUGAAGCCUUAGUGAAGUUUGGUGAAGAAUUCAAGCUCAAAGUCAAAGGACUUCAGGAUUCUUUAGCUAGAGCAGAGGAACUUAGGGAGUUCUAUAAGUUCUUAAGUCUAAACACGAAAGCCAAGGAUAUCCAAAUUUUGAUGGAGAAUGAAGACACUUUCUCAAUUUUUGCUAGAAAGUGGCUUUGGAAAUUUGUGAAAGAGAAAUAAAAUGGAAAGGACAAAAGAAUCAGGAACAGAUAUGAAGCAACUACAAGAAGAGAUACAUAAGCUUCAGGAAGAGCUGAAGCAGAAGAGCACACAAUUGAGGCCUUUGAGGAAGAGAGCAAAAGGAUGCAUCAUGAGAUAGAUAAUCUCAAGAGAAAAUUUAAUUUACUAAGCCAAGGGCCCUACGCUUACCCAUCCAUCACCACUCACCACACAAAUAUCACAGGCAGGGACAUCCAGUUCGACCCCGAAACAAUCCUAGAACUCGACCUUUCCGACCCCAAACACCUAAAAUUCCUCUCCUCUCUCGACCACAAAAUGCCUGACCUAGGCGGGCUCACUCUCAGUAAAAUCCCUGAAGGCAAUGAAGAUGUGAAAACCUUCCUGCAGACAGGGUUCCCUUCCGAAUUAAGGGAGUUCACAUACAACUACUCUUCCAGCCAAAUCUCCUGCUUGGACUUGUAUGUGGAGGAGUUGGCAGCAGUGAGCCAGAGAGUGAAGGAAGUGCUGUACGUCUACGGAUUUGAAGUGUCUGAGUCCAAUCUCGUUACUCUUCUUGCUGCCAAUAAGCACAAAGCUUGGUUUGGGUUCCCAGACUGCAAGCUAUCCCUGUCCUCUGUUCCUGACUUCGGAGGGAAGCUGGAGGGCAGCACGCUCAAAGGCUUUGGCUUGUCAGGCUGAGGAAGUAGUACAUAUAGCGACUGGGCCACCAAUGAGUCCCAUUUCGAAAACCUGGUCGAAGGGCUUUCAAAGGAAGAGGACUUUAAGACCAAUCUGGAGCAGAUAUGGAUGUACAAAUGCGGAAUGGAAUUUGAGACAGUCAAGGACAUCUUGGCCAAGCAUGGAUUCACCCAUGUACAAAUUGUGUACCACUCGAAGUAGGCUAGAGAUGAAGAUAUUUGAGAUGAGAAUUUUGCUCAGAUAUUAU